AUGUGGAGCCAAACCUUCUCCACUAAAGACCCUUGCCGAACGUCUUGCCUUGCACCACUAUCCACCAAAAAGGACACUCCGAGGAUGACAACAGGCAAGGCAGACAAUACCUUCCUGGAGAGCUCAAAGAUCUUCGAUGUCUCCCAUGUCACUGCCGUUGUCACUGGCGCUCUGCUCGCCAACGGCGCCAAAGUUCACAUCAUUGACCGCCGAGACUCAGCUCUCAGAAGUGUUGUCAACGUCUAUGAUACGGAACCCGAUCAAAUCAGACCGCAAGUAAUGUUCCAUCCGUUUUCCAAACGCUAUCCAGCCUUUUACGACAAACGCAUUCAGUGGCCUCACCGCCGACAUCAGCCAGAAAGUCUUCGUCCUGCAAUUCGCCGCCUGAGAACCCAACAGCGUCCAAAUUCUCGUCAUAUACACCGGAAUCACCGUGACAAUGCCACUCAUUCUGACCGAGCCGGCGAACCCGACCCAGCGACCCUCAGUGCAUCUCCAUGCACUAUCCAUAUCUCCUAUGCCGCGUCGAAAGUCGCUUUCUUGCAUCUGAACCCCAUGCUUCCCACGACCUUUGCGCAGACGGGAGUUCGCGUCAACGUUUCGGCGCCGGGCACAUUCCCAACUGAAAUAGCGGUAGAUACUUCUCGAGCCGAUCAGAAGUCUAAGCUGGAACAGAUGGCUAUGCCCAGUGUGAUCGGCCGUCCUGGACGUCAGACCGAUAUGGCUGCACCGACACUUGUGCUUGCGUGA